AUGUCCUAUCAAGGUUAUCCCCCGUAUGGUGGCCAGCCUCCACCUCCUCAAGGCGCCUACUAUGCACAACCUCCCCCACAGGGCCAAUACCCUCCUCCUGGCCAAUAUCCUUCCCAGCAAUACCAUCAACCACCCCCUGGGCAAUACCCACCACCACAGCACGGCUAUCCUCAACAGCCACCGUACGGUCAACCCCCUCAAGCCUAUGGGCAACCUCCUCCACAUGGGUACGGCCACCCGCCCCACCAACAGUCCUUUCCACCUCAAGGUCACUAUGGACAACAACCACCACAGCAGUACGGCGCGCCGCCGCCUCAGCAACAGUUUUAUCCGCCGACACCACCUUCAUUAGGCUAUGGCCCGGCACAGUCAAUAAACUGGGAUCCUAACCCCGACGCGGACGGGCUCCGCAAGGCGAUGAAGGGGUUUGGCACCGACGAAAAGGCCCUGAUUCGCAUCCUCUCCAACAAAGACCCACUGCAGAUCGAUGCCAUCCGCAUCGCAUUCCAUCGAAUGCACAAUCGCGACCUUAUCAAAGAUAUCAAGUCCGAAACGAGCAGGUACUUUGAGGAUGGGCUGGUGGCUCUGGCUCAAGGCCCGCUCCUGCACGACGUUCACCUCCUGCGCAGCGCGCUGUCGGGGCCAGGGACAAAAGAAAAGGUUCUCAACGACGUCUUGCUGGGCAGGUCAAAUGCCGACAUGCACGCCAUCAAGCGCAAGUACAUGGAGGUAUUCCAGCGGCGGCUCGAGGAAGAUGUGCGCGGCGACUUGAGCAUGAAGACGGAGCGGCACUUUGACAUGGUGAUGCAGGCCACGAGGGCGGAGGAUUCGGCACCUGUCGACCCCGGUGCGACGCAGCGCGACGUGCAGACUCUUUAUGAUGCAACCGAGGGCAAGAUUGGAGCAGAUCAAAUCGUGGUAUGCAGUAUCAUGAGCAUGAGGAACGACAACCAGAUCCGCGACAUUGCCGUUCAGUACCAGAACAAAUACGGACGCAGCUUGGAGGAGGUGUUUCGCAGGGAGUUCUCCGGCCACAUGCAAGAUGCGCUGCUUUUCCAGCUGCGCCACGCAUUGGACAAAUACAUGCACCAAGCAGCGCUCCUCGAAGACGCCAUGGCUGGCCUUGGCACCAAGGACCACCUGCUGGUCGCACGUGUCGUACGCUCACACUGGGACCGCCAGAACCUGGCCAACGUCAAAAUUGCAUAUGAGAAGCGGUACGGCACAUCUUUGGCAAAAAGAAUCAAGGGCGAAACAAGUGGCGACUACCAGCGUCUGAUGCUGGCCUGUAUCGGCGACGGCAGUGUGUGA